UUGCUGUUUACUGAAGCUUGGAGUUCACAGUGUUUCUAUAAUGGACUGACAGAUACGAGGCCUGUAAAAUGACCUUUUUUCUAAAUCUUAGAAACGCUACCCCUGUCUGAACAGAUAGUGGCGGGGAUGCGGCAUCGAAAUGGGAAAUCUUUUCGGGAAAAAGAAAGCAACUCGUGUGACCGAACAAGACAAAGCUGUGCUGCAACUGAAGCAGCAGAGAGAUAAACUGAAGCAGUAUCAGAAGAAGAUCACGUUUCAGAUGGAUAAAGAGCGACAACUGGCCAAACAGUUGUUGAAAGAUGGAAAGAAAGAGAAAGCACUUCUACUCCUCAAAAAGAAACGCUACCAGGAUCAACUGCUGGACAAAACAGAAAAUCAUAUAUGCAACCUAGAGCGUAUGGUACAGGAUAUUGAAUUUUCCCAAAUAGAGAUGAAAGUCAUUGAAGGACUGAAGGUUGGUAACGACUGCCUCAAGAAAAUGCAUGAGAUGCUGUCCAUAGAUGAGGUGGAGAGGAUCAUGGAUGAAACACAUGAUGCUAUUGAGUAUCAGAAGCAAAUAGAUGAGUUGCUAGUGGGAUCUCUGACCCAGGAGGAUGAGGACGCUGUGCUCGCAGAGCUGGAGGCCAUUACUCAGGGAGAUGCUGACCUUGAACUUCCUGAGGUUCCUGGAGAAGAACUACCAGAGAUUCCAGAGCAGGGUCCAGUGCGGGAGAAAGAGAGGGUGAAGAAGAAGCCAGAGCAAGAGAUGCUGGCAGUGUAAAUUCAGAUCUGUCCAUCUGCUGUAUGUAACUCCUCCAUGUCUGCUCUUGAGCCAUUCCAAUGGAGACCCCAAGGGCUCACCCCAAACGAAGUCUCUGGGGAGGGAUUGACAGCCCCACUACACCCCACACUUAAAUGUUGACCCUACAUCCAUAGAAUUUUGGUUUUGUAUACACACACAUUUUACUGUUUUCUAUUUAGUUAGUAUGAAGAUAAUUCUGAAGAUUAUUCUUAACAGCGCCUGGUCUUUGAAAUUUCCCUAGUUUUGUCUAAUCUUUCAAUUAUAUAUCAAUGGCUUAUCAUGAAUACUUUUUAAUGCAUGCCUCACUUUUACAGUCUAUAUCAUAACUUAUUUCCAACAGUUAGUGUCUAAAAUAUGGGAUUCAGCUCCAUGUUUUUUUUGGUGAUGGUAUCACUUUCUAUGAAGCUUGUGUAUGUAGUACUGAAGGUGUGUUAUAAAGGUGUUCUUAAUGCUUAUCAAUUAUAAUACACUAUGUAAUUUGUCCUAUAUUUUCAUAAAAAGUCAUAACCAAAGUUAUAGUGUAUCAUAUACUUACCUAUAUAUGGUUACAUCUUUAAAGAGUAUAAUACACUAUAAUAACAAAUGAAAUAGAAUAUUUGUGUAUUUAAAUGCAUGAUAUGGUUAUGCAGAGGUUAAAAUCUAUUUGAGAACAUACAAUGAUGAUUUUAAGGUGUAUUAUAAGGCGUUAUAAUGCAUUUAGAAUACUUUUAUAAUGAAUUAUACAUACAGGCUAUGAUGAUGUUAACCUUACAAUAUCAAGUCUAGAAGAGAAAACAGAGAGGAGCCAAAGCAUUUCCCUUAUGACAACAAGCCAAUUAACUUAACAGACUUCUCAAUUUGCUGUAAGAUUACUUUAAAAACUACAAUGACAAGCCUGGUAAAAAAAGUUAAACAAAAAACAUAUCCUUAAGGGACAAUGGGGGUGUAAAACAGCAGCAACAUCAGUGUAAAGUUUACAAAAACACCACUGUACUGUACAUAGUGUGUACAUAGGGCAGGACAAAACCUUUGCAAGACUUGCAGAUCUAGCAAUUGGCUAUUUCAUGUAAAUGUGCUAAAACCUCGUAAGACCUUUUAAUUCUCUGCAAUAUCUAUUCACCAAUUGAGAGCGUUUUGUGAGGAAAUUGAAAAAUUUCUGUUCAGAAUGAUAAAAGAAUGCUGCAUAAAGAACGGUUUGUAGUUAAGAAGCAUAUAUUCAAAAGAUAUGAUUUAUACAAACAAAAUAUUGAAACCACAAUCAGUGUAUUUCACUCUCAUUUUGGUUCACAACUGAUGCACUGCUUUGCUUAUUUUACUCAAGUUUUCUUAGGUUUUGUCUAAAUAUUUGUAUUUGUGUUAGAUUAGUACUGUACUGCAGAUUUAUUCCUUAGUAAGACCAUUGAUUUAUGGUCUGUCUUCCUAUUUUCAUUUUGUUAUUCUGCAACAAUAAAUUCUAU